CGGCGGGCGAGCCCUCGCGCCCGCGCCCCCCGCCUCCUCCCCCGCCCUGCCCCACCUCCGCCCACUUGACGCCAUGACGCACGGCAGGUUUGCGGACGUGGCGGCGCCGCACUGCCCGGAAGGUGGAGACGCUGGCGGCGACGGCGGUGGUGGACGUCGACGACCGAGAAACGGGCGAGGCGAUGCGUCGGCCCCGGACGCCGGCGGCGUCUGACGACCUGCUGGUCCUCCCGUGGUCGUGUCCCCCCUGCUAACGGGACAGGUUUUGAAAUUAUGGCGGGGAGGCAUCAGAAUCGUAGUUUUCCUCUUCCAGGAGUUCAUUCAAGUGGUCAAGCACAUGCCUUUGGAAAUUGUACAGACACUGAUUUGUUGUUGGAAGAGGAUGCUGAAGUGUAUGAGCUUCGACCCAGGGGAAAGGAAAAAGUCCGAAGAAGUACAUCAAAAGAUAGACUUGAUGACAUUAUAGUACUAACAAAAGACAUACAGGAAGGCGAUACUUUAAAUGCAAUAGCCCUUCAGUACUGUUGUACGGUAGCAGAUAUCAAGCGGGUUAACAAUCUCAUCAGUGAUCAAGACUUUUUUGCCCUUAGGUCUGUCAAAAUUCCAGUCAAAAAAUUUAGUUCGUUGACUGAAACACUUCAUCCUCCAAAAGGAAGACAAACUUCACGUCCUUCAUCUGUUCAGUACGUUCCAGAACAACAAGAAAUUUUGUCUCCUAAUGAUUCUGUUUCUUCCAGUGAGUCCGCUGGCAGCUUUUUAAAAGAAGUAGACCGAGACAUAGAACAAAUAGUAAAAUGUACAGAUACUAAAAGAGAAAACCUUGAUGAGGUGGUGUCUGCAUUAACAGCACAACAAGUACGUUUUGAACCUGAUAACAAAAACAUUCAACGUAAGGAUCCUUACUAUGGUGCUGACUGGGGAAUAGGGUGGUGGACAGCUGUAGUCAUAAUGUUGAUAGUAGGUAUAAUUACACCAGUAUUUUAUUUGCUGUAUUAUGAAAUUUUAGCUAAAGUGGAUGUUAGUCACCAUUCAACAGUGGAUUCUUCACAUUUGCAUUCAGGAGUCACACUCCCAUCACAGCAGAGAGAAAUGGCAAAUGGAAUUGCUCCAACUAAAGGUGUACCUCUUGGCCAACAAAAUGAUCAUAAACUAUACAGUCAAGAUUCCCAGCCACCUGCUGCUCAACCCAGAAUAUAGCAGUUAGCUCUCAGUCACAAUGUUGUUAAAUCACCUAUGUAUUUGGAAUACGCAGUGUAUCACUUCUUUUCAGUGACCACUUCAAAGGCAGAGUUUUGGGAGGUUGAAGAUGCUUUAUGUUUUUCACCCUUUAGGGGGAGCCGUGUGCAAAUGGGCUGAGUACAUAGUUGAUAUUGUUGAUGUGGUAUCAGUAAACAUAUGUUUAAAGGAGCAAUUAAUUUAAAUAUAUUUUGUAAGUUCUUAGCUUGGAAUAUUCGUUUUAUCAUUUGGGCCUUGUUAUGCUUGAAAUAUUUUUAGCUCAUUUUUGAUUUAAGGUUAAUGGUAAUUGACUAAGCAAAAUAAUGAUAGCAUCAUCUGUCUGUGACUGAAUAAAGUUGACUACUGUAGACCAUGAAGAUAGUUGAAAAAAGUUUGGUUCUAAAAUUAUUUAUGAUAAUACAUACUUAGUAUUCCAUUUUGAAGCUUUAAGCAUGUUUAACAUGUAUGCUAUGCAAAUAUAAGUUGAACUAGAAAGGGGAAGAAAACAUACAAUAUCUUAAGGAGGCAAAUGAAUAAGAUUAAAUAUUUUUAAACCCCCAGAUAAUGUGGUUGGAAAGCUGCCAUUUGGUCACUAGAACACUGGAUUAGGUGAAGACCUAGAAAUAAUCUUUACUCUUAAAUAAUGCUGCCUCUACAAUUUUAAGUGUUUUUUUUUUUUAGUUUUUAGAUUUGCCUCCGAUAUUUGAAAAAGCACUUUUGUAAUUCUUUGAUGAAAAGUGUAAUACAGAUGAGUAUUAUUUAGGAAAGAAUUCCUUACAUACUGUGAGAAGUUGUUGCUGUGUUACAUGUAGUAACAUGCCUUAAUUACAUUUUAAAGCCUUAAAUAUUUUAUGUAAGCUAGUGUAAUUUUUAUAAUUAAAAUUAAGCAUUGUCAGGGAUGCAGCUCAGUGGUAGAACACAUGUCUGGAAUGUGUGAGGCACUGAGUUUUACCCCUGGUACUGCAGGGGAGAAAGGUAGUUUAUUUAGUAUCAGAAAAUAAAAACAUAACUCUAAAUAGUCAAGCUGAAUUCACGACAUAGGCUGUAUAAUUCAUCUCUGCCUUCACAGUCAAGCACAAGUUACUCUCACAACAGAUUUUCACAGCCUACCUCUGAGAUGUUGCUCUUUGUAUAGAAAUUGGUUGAAAGGUUGAUGGUGCCACUUUUUAAAACUGCUGUGGAUCAGCCAAUCUGGCAAAACGAGCAUUUGCAUACUGAUUCACUUAAUUUUUAAAGGUAUGUGUUUUUAAAAUGUAACCAAAAUGAUUAAUUAAAGGUUUGGUGGUGUCUUGAUUGCCUAUUUUGUGUAUAAUAAACAUAUACCUUAAGAGAGA